GCGAGAGGAGCCGCAUCGCAGGAGCCCAGGACGCUCCGGGCUCCCGGCCCCGUCCCGCGGGGAGGCAGCAGCCCCAAGGAGCCCGAGAUGGCGGACAGCGCCGCGGCCACCGCCGCUCCUCGGGCCGGCGUCAAGGGCUCGGCGGGGCCCUGGUGGAAAGCGCUGACCAGCAAGAAGAAGCACAAGGAAGCGGCGGUAGCCCCGCCGCACCCCGCCGCCAGCGAGACCCCCGCCGAUCCCCCGAGCCCCGAGGGCCGCGAGGAGCAGCUCCCUCCCUUCGGCAGCGGCGACGCCGCGGGAUCGGGAGUCGGCAGCCGGCGGAGCCUCCGCGUGUCCCACUCGGGCCGCUUCAAGGAGCGGCGGAAGGUGCGCACCUCGCUGCUGGCCGACAGCCCCGAGGUGUUCGACGGCGGCGGCGCCMCGGGCCAUGCCGCCCAAGGGGCCGAGUAGCCCAGCAGGACCUUGCCGAGGAGCUGCCACUGCGUGAGUGGCCGGAGGACUGGCGGGACAGGCAGCMGGCGUCAGUGACUGCCCCACAGCUGGGCUCGGACCCAUGGGUGACAYGGAGGCGUGUGGCAGCGGCCUCCCAAACCCUGACCGGACAGUGCGGAGAGCCCGGCACCGCUGCCAGGCSAGGGAAUCGCGUGCUGUGUUACACGAACACCGCCAAUACCAAACCCCCGGAUGAUGGGAUGAUGUGAUUGUCUUUUUAAAAACCCACAAAUAAACACCCCACUCCCUGUACUGUGGUGAGCGGACUCAAAGGUGCUAUCCCAAGGCCGAUGGUGGGCUCUCUGAACCUUCCCUCAGCCCUUGCCAGGAGCCGACGUGCUGACUUCUCAGGCCUGUGACCCAGCUCAUUUUGGCUCUCCAGCUGAGGAGGCGCUUUGCUGCUUUCAUCUCACAGCUGUCUUAUCGAAGGAAGGGGGGAACAAAGUGCUCUUAUCUAAUUUCAGGGCCGAGGACCUCCGGCGGUGCCGUAAGUGCGCCUGUGCUGCCGUUAGCCAUGAGCCCAUCCUCCAUCCCCCACAGGGGUCAAAAAAGAGGUAUUGUGAGGGGCAUUGCAUUUGCCCGUGUCCCACAUCACAUCACAUUUCCCAGUGGAAAAGGCAGGACUGUGCUGGUAUUCUCCCUCUUCCUACUGUGUAAUACUAAGCAGGUGUUCCACAGGUCCCUCACAGUUCUGUAACAGAGGGAGGCCCAUGUUUGUCUAGUAAUUCGCACUAUUUACCCAGGAGAUAUGUGGGUUUUGCAUAAUYGGUGAUAACUCGCAUAAUGAAGCUCCAGUGAAGAAAUUGUGUGAUAAGAUGUGAAUGUCUUUCUGGGAGUUGAGACCAGCCCUGGAGAGCACAAGCAGGGUUACAGUUCUAAGGUGGAAAUAGGCUUGGGCACCACUGGAAGUGUUUAYUGUUUACCAUGUCUGAGGCUUUUGAAGCAAGGUUAAGUGUCCCAGGAUUUCUUCUGGUGGUGAGAUAACAUGCUUUCACUCAAGCAGUUAUCAACCCCUUCGAAGAGCUCUUGGAUUUUUGUACAAGUCAAUAUAAGCCAGAUUUGUACUGUUGUGCCUUACAGAGCAAAAUCAUCUAAAAAUACUUCACAAUUACACAUUUCUUGAUAGUAGGUGAUGUAGCAACAGCUGAUUUAUUUAUUUGAAACACAUUUCCAAUAUAUUUAUAUUGUUAAAAUGGUUUUAGACUUCUUCUGAAUAUGAGAUACUGCAUAGUGGCAGGGACUGAAAAUUGUUUCCUAACAGUCAGGCAUUAUGCAGUUAUGAUUUUGUUUGGUUGUAACUAAUCAUUUGAGGUCAAAUAAAAAUAAAAAGUGACUGGAAAGGAAAUAACUGAGUUCCAGUUGAAAGUAUGGAUUAAACCAGCUGCUGACAAUCACUGAAAUGAUGCACUAGACACUAGGCAAGUGUCCCAUGGUUCAAUGUGCACAAUAAUAGGUAAUGAACUUUGAAAGGUCCUGUGCAAUAAACUCAGACCUGUUGAGGUGUUCACUGGUCAUUCAACCCUCGAGACUCUGGAACCCAAGCACAAAGGGACUGUAGCUUCAAAUCUAUAAAAGCUCAUUUUUUUUUCACCUAGCUUACAGAAACAUGCUUUUUUAAUUUCAUUCAGUAAAACUACGAGGUACUGGAUUUGGACUGCCUUUUUUAUUUUGCAUUCUCCAUGCUGACCAAGCAAAGAUCUUCAGCUCUUCAGACUUUCUCCUCAGAGGUGCUUKUCUUCUGGGAGGCCUCUUCAGUCAAGGGGCAUCGGAAAUUCUUCUCUUGAGAAGAAGCAAUUGGAACAAAUCUAGUCUUGAAAAUAGGGGGGUGAAAGAGAAAAAGGAGAGUUUAAAAGCUGGAAACAGRGAAGUGAAUGAAGAAAAACCGUAUUCCAGCUACAGUUAGCCCAGGGYGGGAGCAGGGGGAAGGAGGCAGAAGAGGUGGCUUUGCUGCCAGGGUUGCCAUACUACCUUUGGAAGGCAAACUGUUCAUGUUUAUUAUAGGCAAAAAUAGUCUGCCUGCAUUUAUGUGUUCUAAGGUCCAAAGAAACGUUUUUGUAUGUGUGUGUCCAAAGUGGAAGAACAAAUAGGCAGAAAUUGCRCUGCUGCAUUUCUUAACUCCUGCAUCUGGCUUGGUGUGAGUUCUGUCAGGGUCAGGUCCUCAGAACUAUCUAGAGGCUGGAGAAUGAAUACAGA